CUGCCCAGUUCUAUGACAUGAUUUGCCGCUAUAAAGGAGAUCACAGUAUUGUUUAGCACGUGUGUGUAUUCCCAUUUUUAUGAUGUUUCGAUAAUGGCACAGAUAUGUAAACGUGAGUUACUUGUUUCCCCUUUGGUCCUAUACAUUUCUGUUUUGUUUUAUAAAAUGAAUGAAGCUAAUAAGAAACGAGAAGGUUGCACAUGGACUCUUGCACUAACGGUGUGCUCUGCAGCCAUUGGUGGCACUUUUCAGUACGGCUACAAUAUUUCAAUCAUCAAUGCACUCACAUCUCAUGUGCAGAAGUUCAUUAAUGAGACAUGUAUGAAGAGAUGGGGUACAGCUCUUGAGUCCAGUCAGGUGACACUGAUAUGGACCAUUAUAGUUUCCGCUUUCUCACUUGGAGGACUAUUGGGAUCCCUGCUCGCUGGCCCAAUGGCAAUACAGUUUGGGCGCAAGGGAGCUCUGCUACUGAACAACUGCUUCCUUUUUUUGAGUGCCAUCCUGGCUUUGAGCAGUCGCUCAGCUGGAUCCUUUGAAAUGAUUAUCCUUGCUCGUCUACUUGUAGGAGUCAAUGCUGGAGUUAGUAUGAACGUCCAGCCCAUGUACUUUGGAGAGAGUGCACCUAAGAACCUAAGAGGUGCUGUGGCCUUUUCCUCUGCUGUUUUUACUGCUCUAGGAAUCUUGUUGGGCCAGGUCACUGGUCUGACAGAAGUCCUGGGCAGCGAGACUCUCUGGCCAUAUCUACUGGCAAGCAAUGCUCUUCCUGGCCUAGUGCAGAUACUCACCUUGCCUUGGUUUCCAGAGAGCCCACGUUACCUGCUCAUUGACAGAGGAGACCGAGAGGCAUGUGGCAGAGCCUUGAAACAGCUUCGAGCAUGCAGUAUUUUUAAUGCAGAGAUGGAAGAGAUUCUUCAUGAGCAGGCAGGAACCGGUGACGCUCAUGCCAAAACUCUGUGGGAACUCUUCACCGACGAAGGUCUUCGCAGGCAGCUCUUCACUGUUAUGGCAGCCAGUAGUGCUAUGAUGCUGAGUGGUAAUGAUUCCAUCUAUUUCUAUGCCUCUUAUAUCUUUCAGGAAGCUGGUAUUCCUAUGGAGAAGAUACAGUAUGUCACAAUUGGCACAGGAGCCUGUGAGUUCACCUCUGCCAUAGUGUGUAAUCUACUGAUAGAGCACAUUGGCCGCAGGUUGCUUCUUGCAGGCGGGUAUAUGCUCAUGGCUUGCUGGGCCGUGGUCUUCACUGUGGCUCUCUCAUUGCAGGGCAAAGUGGAGGGCAUGCCCUAUCUGAGUAUGGUGUGUGUGUUUGCCUACAUCUUGAGUUUUGGCAUGGGUCCUGCAGGGGUCACAGGAAUUCUUCCUGCCGAACUGUUUGACCAAAUGGCAAGGCCUGCGGCUUACAUGAUUGCUGGCUCCAUGAUGUGGCUUAAUCUCUUGUUUAUAGGAAUGGCAUUCCCGUUUAUAGUUAACGGCUUAGGACAGUUCUGCUUCAUCCCCUUCGGUGCCGUUUGUGUGGCUGCAAGUCUUUUCAUUGGUUUUACUUUACCUGAAACUAAAGGGAGGACUCUAGCAGAGAUCACUGAGGAGUUUGAUAAGCUGAAUAGGAAAAGCACAUCUAACAGACUUUCUAAUCAUGGACCACACAAGCAGACCCAAAGCCUGACUGAUCAAACACUAGAAUACCUAGAGACUGAAAAGAUUUGAUUAGAGGGUUGCAGAUUGUGUUGCUAAAUAAAACGUUGAACUUGAACUACAAGUUAGAAUCAAAAUCAUCAGUGUGGCACGUAGCACAGUUGUGCCGCAUGGUUUUAUUUGUCAAAUAUACAAUGGGAUGCUUUGAUUCAAAGGCAGUGAAAUGUGUUGAAAUACUUCAAUACCUAGUUUGAAAUAGUGUAAUUCCAGUGCUUGAAAACAAAAUCGGUGUUAAAGAGAGAGAUACAUAAUAUUUGAGGGUCUACUUAGUAGUAAGAUAUUGCACUUUGGUCCUUAUAUAAUCAAACAAGCUUUACAGAGCCAUGCACUGUUGUAUUUUAUUGGCUUAAUUAGCCUUAUUUAUUACGUCUUGUUAAGUUGAUUUAAUAAUUUAACCUCUAUUAUUUAUUCUAAAGGCAUUUUUGUGAUGGCUCCGUCUGUUUCCCUACCCCCUUUUCUCUUUCACAUUUGACCAUUGAAAUGCUGCUAGGUAAUAUAGUAUGUACAAUGAAAAAAAAAAAAGUGUGUAUAUAUAUAUAUAUAUAUAUAUAUAUAUAUAUAUAUAUAUAUAAGAAAAAUAAAGUGUAUGCUGGAAUUUUACGUGGAACUGUAAUCUGGAUCCCUUUGUCAUGGAUGCAUGUUCUGCUUUUAUCCUGUUUCUCAGAGUACUUCAAUCUAAAUGCCUGCAAAAAAUGAAGAAAUGUAAUUUGCACUAAUGUAUCUUACCUCAGUGGACAUGUAUUAUGAAGUUAUUCAUUAUUUAUUCAUAUCAAAUAGUUUGUUAGUAACAUAUUUAAAAAGCAACAUCCAAACAGCAAUGCAUCUUAUUACACUACUAUCUUUUAUGCAUUCGUCAGAGAUCAAAACAAUUAUUGCCAGAAUGAGGGCAUGCAACUUCUUUACAUUUUGCACCAGCAGAUGGCACUAUAUAACCAUCGUUCCUGUCUGUUCUGUGUCUAUCAACUCAAUUGAAUGCAGAAUUUUUCAUCAAAACAAGGUCACCCACAGCAUGUCAUUGCAUUCAGGUGACAUAGGCUUCACAAUUGUGAGAUGAAGACAAUCAGCGUGAACACUGGCUAAAUGACCUUGUGUUGUGCCUUUCCUUUGAUUAGAGUUCCACAUAGUGGCUGUCUACUGAACAUAUAGAAUGAUUUCCAAAGUUAUAACCUCAUAUCAAAUCAAAUGUACUAUCUGUGUCUGAAAAAAUGACUGAAAAAAUGACUGAACAAUGAAUUCAAAUGUUAUAGAAAUAUAUGAUUAUGAACUGUUUUUUCUAAUACUUAUUCAUCUGUAAAAGCUUUCUGGUGGUGCUGUUUCUGUGAAUGAAUGUUCUGAUGUUGUAACUAUUAAAGAGUUGCUUGAGGUAAUAAAAAAG